UUCACUCCCUACAAGUGGGCUUGGACUGAGUGCUCGCAUCUAACCCUGCCCGCGGAGCCUGUGCGCCUCUGCGUGAAGACCUUUCCCUGCUCCCGGCUCCUUGCAAACGAGAGUUUUCACUUUCCUCCAGCUGGGGCGGCUGUGUAAAUAGCGGUUCCCCCCAUUCUCGCUCUGCGCCUCUGACCCGCGACCUCAGCAGCCCCGGGACGGUGGCGUUUCCGUCCCUCGCCUCCCUGAACGGAUUGAACGGCGGGGCACGGGCAGCCGCAGCCGCGGGGCCCCUGCAGCUCACCCCCCACCCUAGGGCUGCCCGCCCGGUUGCUGCUCCUGCCUGAUCAGGGCUGGAGCUCGCGCUUGUGAAUAAAUUUCCGCGGCCCCCCCCCCCCGCCCCCCGCCGCGCCUUUCCCCUGCCGUGUGCGCGUCCUCCAGCGCCUCUGUCUCCGUGAGCUCAUCCUCCGCGGCAGCCAGUGGGAUCGCCCCGGUUCCUCCCCAGCUGGGCAGCCCGGCCGGCGCUCGUGGGCCAGGCUCAGCCGGGCGUGGCGCUGGGGGGCUGAUGCAGCUUCGGGUCCAGCCGCCGGGGACCCCGCAGGGCUGGGAGCGAACACCCCGCUGGCGUCCAUGUCAGGGGAGGGGACCAUACGGCUGGGGAGACGCGCCGUGAUGUACACGGCGGAGACGAUCCCCAAGGGGAAGAACCGAGUGAUGGGGACCAUCCAGAUCAUGAUGGGCUUCAUGCAUAUCGGCUUUGGGAUUGUCCUGACGACCAUCACCAAUGUUUACACCUCUGUCUUUGUGAUUGGAGAGAUUCCAUUCCUGGGAGGAGUGUCUUUCAUCAUUUCUGGCUGCCUCUCUAUCGGAGCCGAGAAGAGCCCGACCGAAUGCGCGGUGAAAGGAAGCCAGACCAUGAAUGUCAUCAGUGCCAUCUUUGCAUUACUUGGGAUAGUGGCUUUUAUAAUAGACCUGAAUAUAAAUGGACUGUACCACUCCAACUAUGACUACUACAAUUAUCUAGUGAUGGUAAGCGACUGUCCAGAUCAUGCUGGCAGCUUUCUAUUCCCAGAUCAUUGGUUUGGAAUGAACAUCUUGGGGAGAUCUGUUGUUGCUCUAAGAGAGAUGGAGAGAGAGGAGGAUCUAGCCUUCUGUGUAGGAAUGGGAACAGUGACGAGGGGCUCAGAUGCCAAGGCCGGGAAUGGGAUCUCCAUCGUGCUGCUGAUCUUCACCAUCCUGGAGUUCUGCAUUGCCGUCGCCACCACACUCUUUUGGUGCCGGGCAACCCGCCUCAACUCCCAUGAGUCCAUGCUGAUUGUGCCCAAUACCAUCAGGGCAGACCUCAUGGUGCCCACUGCAGAAUUGCCUUGUCCGCCAACUUACAAUGAUGUGGCCUAUGAUCCGAAGAACCAAUCUGAGUGGGAGGCCCAAGAAAGAACCUGAGGAGAAGUUGGCCCAAGAGCAGAAGCAGCAGCUCCUCCUUCUCUGAGGAGCAAAUUCUGGCCCCCUGCCUGCAUGACAGAUUUCCUUCAGUUACUGCCAAUGUUCUGCCCACCCCGAUCUCUGUCUUGAGUUCCAAGGGACCUGCUCUCCCCUUCUUCCGGGACGGGCUCACGACUGUGUGUUGCCCACAGAUGAGACUUUAAAGCAUGUUCCCCAGCCUGGUCUACCUUGAACCAAGAGGUAACAUCUAGCCCGCGCUCCCUGUAGGCUGCAUGGGGAAUUGGUCAAUGAAUCUGUCAAGGGGGCAGCACAUCACCUGUGCAUGAGUGCCCCCUGGGCAGAGAGAUCUGGGAGCAGGCAGGGGGCCAGAGUGACACUUGGGGCAGGAGCAACUCCAAACAAACGUGACAAUCACCCGUGUAUCUAGCUGCGCUCUCCCAAGCCCCCAUUCAACCCUCUGUCAGCACAGAACCCAGCACAGGAACAGGGAGGGACAGCUUGGAAUCCUGACCCUGAGCUAGUUAAAACAGCCUUGAGGGAUGCUCUAAUUUGCACCUGUCUGCCCCUGGUCCCCGUGGCAGCUGGAGAGUAGCCAGUGCACAGGAGAGCCCUAUCUAGACAGAGGGGUCAUGGCCUCCCAGGCAAAUAUGGGUGCCGCAAGAAGGAAGCCAUUGGUUUAUAACCAGUAUUUCUAUCCUCAUGGUGUAGCCAGUCCCCAAACAGAUGGGUGUGGCUUUUUUCUCCCCUGUAGUAUGACUGAGUGAUUUUUCUCUAAUUGCUUAUUGGCUUCUUUUGAGAAGAGCCUUAUAGGGGAAAGGUGGGUGGGUGGGGUGCGGGAGUCUCCCACUGGCUUCUAUAGACCUUGUAUCAGGUCCUUUAAAAGCAAUCAUGGGAAAUUUCUUCCAGCUAUAAAAAGCCUAUCUGGAAAUCAGGGAUCCUUAGCGGGAGGUGACCUUUGUAACAGUCAUCCUUUGGAUACGUCUACCCUACAAUAAAAGACCCGCUGCAUUGCUACGGCUGGCCUGGCUCAUCUGACUAGGCCUUGUGCAGGGCUAUAAAAUUGCAGUGUGGAUGUUCAGGAAGAUCUCACAGCCUGGUCUCCAUCCCAAGCCUGAACAUCUACACUGCAAUUUCAUAGCCCUGAGAGCCCAAGUCAGCUGACCCAGGCUCUGAGACUCUGUGCCAUGGGUUUUUUACACAGUGUAGACACAGUGUAUGCCCUUGUAGUUGUAAGUUUGGUAACUUAUAGGAACAUUUAAGAUAUAUUGAAACUUGCCUAAAUGUCCUGCAUCUGGCUCAAUCUUUUUAUGUUUGGUUGUAUUUCUGGUUGUUUUUAUUUUACUUUUUAAAUAAACCACCUGUUUAAAAC